GUGCCUAGUAGUGACUCGUGCCUACAGCAGCGAGCGAGUGCUCUGUGUGGCGCCCACUUUCUGAUAUGUCUAAAAACAAGACGAGUGGGAACAAGGGUCCUUAUAGCCAGAAGAGAAAAGAGGGGGAAGGGAGGACUUGUGUGCGAUUCAGAUGUGGCUUGACAAACACAAUCCUGGACGUUCUUCACCAGAGACCAGGCUGGGUUGAGGUCAAAGAGGAUGGAGAGUGGGACUUUAACUGGUGUGAUGUGGGCUGGCUCAGAGAGAACUAUGACCACUCUUAUAUGGAGGAGCAUGUUAGGAUAUGCCACUUCCGGAACCACUAUGAGCUGACACGUAAGAACCUGAUGGUAAAGAACCUAAAGCGCUAUAGAAAAACCCUUGAAAGAGAAGCUGGUCGUCUGGAGGCGGCCAAAUGUGACUUCUUUCCAUGCACCUUUGAACUGCCCAGUGAGUACCAUCUCUUUGUGGAAGAGUUCAAGAGAAGUCCUGGCAGUACCUGGAUCAUGAAGCCAGUGGCACGUUCGCAGGGGAAAGGCAUUUUUCUGUUCCGGAAACUCAAGGACAUCAUGGAAUGGAAAAAGAACGGUACCCGCUCUGAGGAACAAAGGGAUGAGGCUCAAGUUGAAAGCUACGUAGCCCAGCAUUAUAUUGAGAACCCCUAUCUCAUUAACGGCAGAAAAUUUGACCUGAGAGUUUAUGUUCUUGUAACAUCAUACCUCCCUCUGAAAGCCUGGCUGUAUAGAGACGGUUUUGCCAGAUUCUCCAACACCAGAUUCUCCCUCAGCAGUAUUGACGAUCAGUAUGUCCAUCUCACUAAUGUGGCAGUGCAGAAAACUGCCCCAGACUAUGACCCUGAGAAGGGUUGCAAAUGGCAGAUGCAUAAGUUACGACGCUACUUGACUGCAAAACAUGGCAGCGAGACAGUGGAAGCUCUUUUUAAAGACAUUGACAACAUAUUCAUCCGCAGCUUGCAGAGCGUUCAGAAGGUCAUCAUUAAUGAUAAGCACUGUUUUGAACUGUAUGGAUUUGACAUACUACUGGACCAGGAUCUCAAGCCGUGGCUGAUUGAGGUGAAUGCUUCUCCCUCCCUCACUGCCAGUAGCCAAGAGGAUUAUGAAUUGAAGUACAGGCUGCUAGAAGACACUCUGCACAUAGUUGACAUGGAAGGCCGUCUCACAGGCAGAGAAAAGAGGGUUGGGGGUUAUGACCUGAUGUGGAAUGAAGGACCUGUUCACAGGGAGGAUGUCAGCUUGGAGACUUUGGGAAGCACCUACCAAAUACCCAACACACACCUCGGCUGUGUGAAUGAUAGGAAGAAACAGCUUCGACAGCUCUUGAAGCCUUUUCCAGGACAAAAGAGAGCAUGAAAAUCUCCUCUGAUACUCAGUAUUCUAG